AUGAUUCUAACUACCACAGGUCGUCUUGGUCUUGGUACUACAAGUCCUUCGGCUCCGCUGCACGUCCCUGGCAGCAACAGUUUUGUAUUUGGAGCAGGCGGAACGACAGUGUAUCGCCUCAGAGCAGAUAGUGGAGCUACAGAAUCCGCUCUUGGCCCGAACACAUAUUCAGUAGCGGGUAUAUUCGGAGGAUACAUUGCCUGUACAGCCAUGGCGAUGACGUCGGAUCGACGCCUUAAAAAGAAUAUUCAAUCAUGCCCAAUUGAUCGUGUGAAGCGGCUCUACGAUAGCUGUGAGAAAUCGGUCUCAUAG